AUGGAGCCCAGAGCGGAUGUUGAGUCUAAGGGAGUGUUACCAUCUGAGAAGGACUCAACCUCUCUUGAAGCAGAGGCUUUGGGUGCAAACGCACAACUCAAAGGUCGCUGGGAACGUAGUUGGCCUACCAUUGCUUGUGGUGCUGGUCUUUUUUCCGAUGGGUAUCUCAAUGGUAUCAUUGGUCCCGUCAAUACCAUCCUCAAGAGGCUCUACCCCAAAGAAUAUGCCGACUCUCCCGCGAGUCAGAAUGUCUCUUCCAUCACCUUUGCCGGCACAGUCGUGGGCAUGCUUAUAUUCGGAUACACAAGUGAUCAUUGGUCGCGAAAAUGGUCUCUCAUGAUUUCCACACUGAUAUUAUUCCUCUUUGCCGCCUUAUGUGCUGGUGCGUACGGAUAUCAUAACAGUCAUUAUGGAUUGUUCGCUGCUCUUACUGCCUAUCGGUUCUUCCUGGGCAUCGGAAUUGGCGGCGAAUACCCUGCAGGAUCUGUUGCAGCAGCCGAAAACACUGGAGAGCUAAAGCAGGGGCAUCGCAAUCGGUGGUUCGUGAUGUUCACCAACUUCCAAAUUGACUUCGCCUAUGUUGUCUCCGCACUGGUCUCAAUGAUCUUGGUCUUGAUUUUCACUGAGAAGCAUUUGCAUGCAGUCUGGCGUAUUGGAUUGGGACUCGGCGUUAUUCCCCCGCUCAGUCUGAUCUAUCUGCGAUUGAAGUUGGAAGAACCCGAGGAGUUCAGUCGGGAGCGCAUGCACAAAUUUCCCCUUUGGUUGAUUCUCAAGUUCUAUUGGAAGCGUCUGCUUGUGUGCUCACUUAUCUGGUUUCUCUAUGAUUUCUCUUCGUAUUCAUUCAGCAUCUACUCGUCUGACUGGAUCGCUAUUAUUUUGGGGGACAAUGCUCCUCUCUGGAAAAGCUUCGGCUGGACCACCCUAACAUAUUCAUUUUACAUCCCGGGUUCCUUUCUGGGCGCCCUAGCGAGUGACUGGCUGGGGCCGCGCAACACCUUGGCUCUUGGCGUCCUCCUACAAGGUAUUGUUGGAUUCAUCAUGUCUGGCUGCUAUGCGUAUCUUUCAACAGCAAAGAAUGUCGCAGGGUUUGUUGUGGUAUUUGGCAUCUUCUCGAGCCUUGGUGAAUUCGGCCCUGGUGAUAACAUCGGCCUUUGCUGUGCCAAGAGCAGCGCAACUUCCGUUAGAGGCCAGUUCUACGCUAUAGCUGCAGCAGCCGGCAAGAUAGGGGCCUUUGUGGGAACAUAUGUGAUUCCAAUCAUUCAGGACAAUGCCCCGAACAAGGUCCGGGCCGGCCAGGAUCCCUUUUUCGUCUCCAGUUCGCUGUGCAUACUCAGUGCUGCAUUGGCCUUCUUCCUCCUGCCAAACAUCGGACAGGAUACCAUUACGCAUGAAGAUGCAAAGUUCCGUGCUUACCUCGAGACCCAUGGAUAUGACACGUCCACCAUGGGCAAUCCCGACGAGCAAUAGUUAUCAUCUCUUGCAGCCCGUGCGCUCAACCUCGCCAGCAAUGCCCAUCUAGCGCCAGCCCCUCCUUGACCCGAGCGACAUCCCUAUCCGACAGCCCUCCGAUUACCGAUACGAGAGCCCUAGCAGCAUGAUCGACCACUAACGCGGCCCUUGAUGAAAACCAAAUCCCCAGCGCGAAUGAAAGCCCAGAAACCCCAGACGAUAGCCCGAAAAGUUUAGCCCAGAAGCGCGAUUGUGAGAUCCCUUUCCACCUGAAGAUCCCUCACGGCGGAGAUUUUGCUAUCACAGAUCAGAUGACGAUUGUCAUGUUUAGCUUCUUAUUUGUACUCCGUAGAUAAGUCUAGAAGAGCCUUACAAUGUCCAGC